AUGGAGGCGGCGUUCGACGCUUACUUCCGCGCCGCGGAUCUGGACCGCGACGGCCGGAUCAGCGGGCAGGAGGCCGUCGCCUUCUUCAAGGCCUCCGCUCUCCCCCAACCCGUCCUAGCCCAGAUCUGGACGUAUGCUGAUAAAAAUCGAACUGGUUUUCUUGGCCGUGAAGAUUUCUACAAUGCUCUUAGACUUGUCACGGUAGCGCAGAGUGGCCGAGAACUGACACCGGAUAUUGUUAGGUCAGCGUUAUAUGGUCCAGCUGCUGCAAAAAUUCCCGCUCCUAGGAUAAAUGUUUCAACUCCACUUCCUAAUGCAACUAGUGUCACUAGCCCCUUGCAACCCACUCAAGCACCUCGCCCUGCUCAGCAGAGUCUUGCUAUACAAGGAUCCCAGGGCCCCCUUAGCACAUCACUAAAUCCACAGGUCCUUCAACCUGGUAAUGUUGUCAGGCCACCACAAGCGUCAAUUGCAAACACUCCUGCUCAGGCAAUUGCUCCAAGGGCGCCCGCAGGUGGUGUUCCAAACCAUACUGUUCCAGCAACAACAGGUCUAUCAACUGAUUGGUUUAAUGGCAAGAAAAGCGCAAGUCCAUUGGGUGUAACUUCACAAACUCCAACCAGAGGUGUUUCUCCACAGGUCAACCUUGCUACCGCGGGAAUACCAACACAGAGUUCAACUCCUAUAGCAGGCUAUGGCUCUCACACUCCAGCCAGUACAACAUCUGUAAAGGCGAAUUCAGCAGAUUUAAACCUUCUGUCUUCACCGCCAGCUGCUAAUGACUCCAAGGCAUUGGUGCCUUUGGGGAAUGGAUUAUCAUCGGCCUCAACAUUUGGUGUCGACCCUUUUGCUGCAACUCCACAAGCAAAGCAAGAUUCAUCUUCCCCCCCUGUGGUUUCAAAUAGUUUGCCUAGUGCUAAUGCUCUUGGACCAUCCGCUGGACCUCAUCACCCCCCUAAACCAUUGCAGACUGGUCCCAUGCAGGGUGUAGCAUCACUCCCUUCACAGCCAGCUCCAAAGCAAAACCAGUUUAAUUCCAUGCCAAGCGCUCCAGCACCUAUGGGUAGUUUUCCUGGUGGACAAAUUCCUUCAAACACGAACCAGUCUCAAGCUCCAUGGCCGAAAAUCACUCAAGCAGAUGUAAGGAAAUAUAUGAUUGUAUUUAUUAAGGUAGACAGGGACCGAGAUGGAAAAAUUACUGGUGAAGAGGCUAGGAAUCUGUUCUUAAGUUGGAGGCUUCCAAGAGAGCUCUUAAGGAAGGUGUGGGAUUUGUCCGACCAGGAUAAAGAUGGGAUGCUAUCUUUCCGGGAAUUUUGUACUGCUGUGUACUUAAUGGAGAGGCACAGAGAGCAGCGUCCUCUUCCUGAUGUACUACCAGAUGGUAUCUGGGCAGAAGGAAUUUCACUACCUUCUACGGGGCAAUUUGCAGAAAACCCUACUGGCCCAGCUCCCCAUCCAAGUGCUGGAUUUACAAGUAGAGCAAUGCCAGGACAACAUCAUGGGAUGCCUCCGUCAUCCAUGAAACCACCACCUCAAAGGCCGCUUUCUUUGGAUGCUGAUGAUGCAGUGCGAACAGAAAAACAGAAGCCAAAGAUCCCAGUCUUGGAGGAACAUCUUACUGGCCAGCUAAGCAAGGAGGAGCGAAGUGCAUUAGAUGCAAAGUUUAAAGAAGCUUCAGAUGCUGAUAAAAAAGUUCAAGAAUUGGAAAAGGAAAUCCUGGAUUCGAGAGAGAAGACUGAGUUCUAUCGCACAAAGAUGCAGGAGCUUAUUCUUUACAAAAGUAGGUGCGAUAACAGGUUUAAUGAAGUUUCAGAAAGGAUGUCUGCUGAUAAACGUGAGGUUCAAUCCCUUGCAGCGAAAUAUGAUGAGAGAUGUAAGAAGGUUGGAGAUGUAGCAUCAAAGUUAUCGAUGGAUGAGGCCACUUUCCGUGAGAUUCAGGAGAAGAAAUUGGAGAUUUAUAAUGCGAUAGUUAAACUGCAGAAAGGGGAUGGAAAUGAUGAAAAGCUUCAGGAGCGAGCUAACCAGAUACAAUCUGAUCUUGAGGAGCUUGUUAAAUCUUUGAAUGAACAGUGCAAGAGAUAUGGGUUGAGAGCUAAGCCAACUACUCUUGUGGAGCUUCCUUUUGGUUGGCAACCUGGAAUACAAGAGACAGCAGCUGUAUGGGAUGAAGAAUGGGACAAAUUUGGUGAUGAUGGCUUCUCCACAAUAAAGGAACUCACAGUUGAAAUGGAGCCACCUGUUGUACAAAAGGAUCAGCCUACCGUUGAAGACAGUAAAGUGUCUACCAAUGGGCCAUCAGCACCUACAUCAACAGAGAAAGAAGAUAGCAGGGGUGAUAAAUCUGCCGCUGCCUCUGAGCAAACUGUAGAACCUGAUGCAACUCCUUCCGAUAGCAAAACGGUUGCAGCAAAAAGUCCUCCAGUUAGUCCUGUUAAGAACACAAAGGAUGGCCAUAGUGAUGAACGUGAUAAAAAACAAUCUGGGACAAACGACACCUCGUCACGUGCAAUUGAGAGUGUCAGUAACAAUGGAGGAGCAGAUUCCCCUGUUCAUGGAGAAAAGAGAGACGAUUCACAUUAUUGGGGCCCAUCGUUUGAUAAUGGUGAUGAUAAUGACUCCCUAUGGAACUUCAAUCGCAAGGAUGGUGAGAAUGGUGAUUCAGACCUAUUCUUUGGGCCACAAGGUCUUCCUCCAAUAAGGACCGGAGGCUCUUCGACGGCUGGUAGUGUUUAUGGCAAGGAACAGAAACCAUUCUUUGAUUCUGUCCCAGGUACUCCAGUGGAGAAGCCUUUCUUUGAUUCUGUCCCAGGCACACCCUUGCAGAAAUCAGUCUUUGAUUACUCUGUUCCUAGUACACCGAUGCAGAAAUCAGUGUUUGAUUAUUCUGUCCCAAGUACGCCAUUGCAGAAGUCACUCUUUGAUUCUGUCCCCAGUACUCCAAUGCAGAAAUCAGUAUUUGAUUCUGUACCAAGUACUCCUAUGCAGAACUCUUUGUUUGACUCUUUUCCAAGCACCCCGAUGCAGAGAUCACUGUUUGAUUCUGGCCCAAGCAGAGCAGAAUCUCCUACUGCCAGCAGCAUAUAUGGCAAAGAGCAAAGGGGUUUCUUUGAUUCUUCUGUUCCCAGCACACCAAUGUACAACUCUAGCUUCUCACCAAGAUAUAGCGAAGCUGGAGACGACAGUUCAUUCGACACCUUCUCGCAGAUGGACUCAUUUGGCAUGAAUUACAGCAAUUCAUUUGGGCAGCGUGACAGCUUUUCAAGAUUUGAUUCCUUCCGGAGCAACGCUGAUCAAGGCAGCAAUGACACCUUUGGUAGAUUUGAUUCUUUCCGCAGCAAUGCUGAUCAAGGUGGUGGCAACAGCUUCACGAGGUAUGAUUCCAUGAAUAGCAGCAGCGACCAUGACAGAACAGAUGCUUUUGCGAGAUUUGAUUCAAUGAAGAGCACGGACUACAACAGCCGAGGUUAUUCGUUCGAUGAGGAUGAUCCUUUUGGUACUGGACCGUUCAAGUCAUCAGACACCUCUAGCCCGACGAAGCAUGGAACCGACAGAUGGAGUGCAUUUUGACAGGUAUUGAUUGUACUAUAGAGGUCAUCAUCAUGUGUUUGUGCACCUUACUGCAGAUAAAUAUAUAUACACGUACAAGGGCAAGACAGUUUUUGCUUGGGCCUCAGCUUGCAAUGGGGCUUGCUUGUGUGUUUGCUUUGUGUUUCUUAUUUUUGUACCUAGGAUCUGAUGUUCUACCGCGCAUAUGUGUUGGUGGGAUGGUGAUUAUAAACAUUCUUUAUACCUUGUAUUAUUGUACAAGAUGUGAGUCAAUCCGGCGGAUUGAAAAAUUACGAGCUGUCCAUGUUUUUAGCGUUUUCAUAUUCUUGUGCCUUACAUUUUCCUCCUGUAAAUACCUUCACCCAGAAUCUGGGGAUGGAUUGUACUGCGGACGUAUUUCUGUUCAGUGACAGAUUUUUCUUGUAAUCCAGUGGCUUAGAAAUUUGUGA